AAGACCAAGUCUCCUGCCAAGCACAGGGAGACAGCAAUGGAGGCUACGCACGAAGGCCAGCUCCUCCUCCAGCCGGUGAUCAGCCUCAUCUUACUUCAUGUCGGUGCUGUGGGAGCCUGCAGCGUCUCUGUCACGCAGCCACAAUACCUAGAAGUGGACCUCACUCACAAGGCUGUGACCAUUGAAUGCACCUUCUCCAUGAGCAACUGCCCUAGGAGGCCAACAGUGAGCCUGUGGUUCCUCCACGGCACACAGCAGCCCAAGAACCUGUGCUUCCCGCAUGGAUGCAGAAGCGAAGCUGACAAGUACACGGUGAGGGAAGCCCUGGCCCAAAACCAAGUGUCUCUCACGGUGAACAGGGUGACUUCAAACGACAGCGCAAUUUACAUCUGCGGAAUCGCUGCUGCUACGGACGCUCUGGAACCAAGAGCCAGGCAAACAGGAGAAGGGACCAUGCUGGUGGUGAGAGAGAGCAAGCUUCUCAGCAGGGAAGUACAGAGUCUGCUGACGGCUCUCCUGGUGCUGCUCUCCGUCUACAUCGCUGGCAUCUGCAUCAUCUUCAUCAUCCUCUCCAAAGCAAAAUCUCACCCUCUAAGAAACAGAGAAACCAAAGAAGAUGCACAAAAGAAAAAGAGUGCUCGGCGUAUUUUUCAUGAAAUUGCUCAAGAACUGUACCAUAAGAGAUAUGUGGCUACAAACCCACAACCUGACAAAGACAACAGCACUUAUGAAAAUCAAAGCGCACUGUCCAACCGUAAAAGCCCGUAAAACGCAGGCUGUUUUCAGCCAAGUCACUCAAGCUGCAACUCCAGCAACAGUGGUUUCAAAGGAAGAUGGAGCAGUACCAAACUGUAACUGAAGGUGAUUCCAACAAUUCUGAAAUUCAACACAAUGCAACUAAAAAAAUACUUUUCUGAUUUGCCAAAGAAACUAAGUAGCUUAACAGUUUCCAAAAGCUCAGCCUAACUUUCCACUAAGGUUUACAGUGUGCAUGCUGUGUUUGGCUCUUCCAGUGUAUGACGUGUGUGACGCCUGUCACCUUGAAGAGCAUCAGAAGCCAAGCCUCACACUUCAGUCUUGAGGGGGGUGAAGUUUCAUGAUACUGUCAACAUGAUGGGACAACUAGAAUCUACCAGGAGGGAAAAUGCAGGAGGAAGGUGCCAAAAUUUCAGUUGGAGAAGUUCAGCCUGAAAAGUACCUUGAAGUAAAAAUCUUUGUUUCUGACUCUAACAGAAGCGAUCGUAUGUACAGUGCACGUCUUCCUGGUACAGUACAUCAGAUAACUUACAGCAUGCUAACAACUAGAAGUGAGAAAAGACUACACAUUAAGAGUAAGAAGAUUAAAAGUUUAACUGUAAAAGUUCAAAAGCAAAUUAACCAGAGAAAGCCCUAGAUGUCACUGUUGUGCCAGUUCACAGCACCAGGGAGGUGUGGGCAAUGCACUAGACUCGCGAUGUCCUUAGCAAAACUGAUUGUUCAGCAACAUAACAUAGAAAGAAGGUGUCAGAUAAGGGGCUGGGUACUUUAAAGGCAAUUCCAGAGAUCAUUACAAUUUUAUUCUUAAAAAAUUAAUAAUGUGAACUCGUCUCUGAAAGUGACCUGUAAAGAACCUGAGGUAUUGGACACAGAAGUGUGUAUUCCUCAUGAAACAUGAAUUAUAACUACAUGUAAUUCAUUAAAAUAUUUCUUAUAAACUGCCAA